UUUUUGCGUGAUGAUUUUUACAAAUUUUUAUUGCUUUCGCAAAUACCCUUUGCAGUAACAAGACUAUAAGAAAAAACUGGCGAAUCUUAAAAAUUAUAGAUCAAUAGCAGUUAUAGGUAGGGAUUAAAAUAACCAAUUUAACAUCUUAAAUGAUAAUUUUUGUGUUAAUUUAAACUGUAAUGAAACAACAUCACACAUAUAAUAUAUCAAGUAAAAAUCAAAAACAACUGAAAUUAAACGAUACCAACUGGUGAAUGUAUCUUACCGUUCUGAAUGGGUCCAACUAGUGAACAAGCUUUCGCGUCAGUGACGUAAACAAGUCUGUAGCUUUCAUUGAUUAAUUCUAGCUACUUUUUUAAACACAGUUACACAGUAAUUCAAUAUUUGUUAGAUAUUACAGUACACGUUUUCAAAAAGUAUAAAACUAAAAUUAUUUGUUUAAUAGAAUUAACUACAGUAAAAGUUCUGUAUAACUCCUGCACUGUUUUUGUCAGUUGUUGAUACAUUUACCGUCUCUCUCUUUCAUAUUGUGACAACUGUAUCGGUGGUACAACUGGGUGCAACGCGUUAAACAAAGAAUGACAAAUGUUUAUAAUCAUUAUAAAUAAACAUAAAUUUGUUAAAAAUAGUUUUGUGCAAAUCUUGUGCGAAUUUAUUUAAAAACGAACAAAUUGUGUGUUGUAAAAUAAGAACAAAAUAAGAUGGCUGAGUAUAUUACUCCAAAAAUACUCUUAUUUAAUGAACGUUUCACAUCAGUCGACUAAUAAGAGCUUCAAACGUGUAGUAAAUAACAUAAAUAACUUAAUAGUAAUGGAUCAUACUCAUAUUUAUUUGUUUCCCAUUGUUAUUUACUUAAUAGGGGGGCAAAAGCAUAUAGAUACAGAAGCAUUUGUAACAAGGGAAGAACCCACCUCUUUAGAUAUCUUACCAACUAAUCCACGAAAUGUGGCAGCUUAUAAUGUAACUUCCAACAGUAUUGUUAUUGGAUGGACUGAACCAGAAAAACCCAAUGGAAUUAUUGAGGGUUAUAGAAUUUACUACCGAGAUGGUAAUUUUACUGAUGUACAAACUUACAAGACUUAUGAAAAUAGUACAUUAAAGUAUAAUUUAACCAACUUAUGGCCAGACACCAAUUAUGAAAUUUGGGUUAAAGCUUUUACUGGGAGACAUGAAGGUAACUCCUCUGCAUCUAUUUUUAAAAAAACAGACAUUGCAGGACCAAGUUCUCCAAGCAUACUAAAUCUUACUUGUCAAUCACCUGAAUCUAUAUUUAUACAGUGGGGAAGACCAGCAGAAUUUUAUAAAAAUAUUGAUUAUUAUUUUAUUUAUCUGUCUGGAAAAAUAACAUUUGACAACUUUACAAUAUCUGCUACUAAAGAUUAUUCUGAUGUUUCUUACAUGAUAAAAAAUUUAACCACUGACAAAACUUACAAAGUGCAAGUGGGUGCUGCCACAUACAGUGACUAUACAAAGCGAAUUUUAUAUGGGACUCUUUCUGAAGCAAGAUAUAUUCAGCUGAAACAAGACUGUGAUAAAAUACAACAAUAUUUACAAAGCUCAGUUAGCAGUUUAAGUGUUGGAAUAAUUGCUGGUGUUAUUUGUGUUACAAUGGCUUUGCUUUUUGCAAUUACAGCAUUUAUUUUAUGGAGGCGAUACUUUUAUGUAUCUUACUGUUAUUUGGAAGACCAUCCAUGCUCAGUCCCUACAGCUUCGUUGGAUUGGAAUGUAUCUCCUGAUUCAGGAGAGCACAGAGGCCCUGUGCCUGUUUCUGAAUUUAACAAACAUGUUGCAGAAUUGCAUGCUGAUGGGGACUGUGGUUUUAGCAGAGAAUAUGAGGCUAUUCAAGCAGACAGUACAGCAGAUCAGUACCCUUCAGAGCACUCACAACAUCCAGAUAAUCGAGCUAAAAACCGAUAUCUUAACAUCAUUGCAUAUGAUCACAGUCGUGUACAAUUGUUACAAAUGCCAGGGCACAAAAAGAAUAUUGAUUAUAUAAAUGCUAAUUAUAUUGAUGGUUUUCAGUGGUCUAAAGCUUAUAUAGGUACUCAGGGCCCUUUACCUUCUACUUUUGACUGUUUUUGGAGAAUGAUAUGGGAACAGCGUGUGGCAAUCAUAGUAAUGAUUACAAACUUAGUUGAACGUGGCAGGAAAAAGUGUGAUAUGUACUGGCCAAAAGAAGGAACAGACACAUAUGGGGUUAUACAAGUUAAACUGGUAAAAGAAGAUGUUAUGGCAACAUAUACUGUUAGAACUUUACAAAUUAAGCAUUUAAAAGUUAAGAAAAGAAAAUUAUUUUCUGCAGAAAAAACGGUUUAUCAGUACCAUUAUACAAACUGGCCUGAUCAUGGAACCCCCGAUCAUCCUUUACCCGUUUUACAUUUUGUUAAAAAAUCCGCUUCUGCAAAUUUACCAAAUGCAGGACCGGUUGUUGUUCAUUGCAGUGCCGGUGUUGGCAGAACAGGGGCGUAUAUUGUAUUGGAUGCGAUGCUUCGACAAAUUCGUCAAAGAAGAGAAGUUAACAUAUUUGGUUUCCUUAAGCAUAUUAGGUCUCAAAGAAACUUUCUUGUCCAGACAGAAGAACAAUACAUUUUUAUUCAUGAUGCCCUUUUAGAAGCGAUACAAUCAGGCGAAACAAACAUACCAAAAGAGGAAAUUGCAAGGUAUGUUAACGCAAUUCAGAAUGAGAAGGAAGAAAAUACAGAGUCAAAGCAAAAAUACUGGAAACCUUUGGAUUACCAAUUUAAGUUAGUAACAAGUUUCCAAUGUAAAGACUUUAAUCUUGUAUCAGCAAAUAAAUCGGUGAAUGCAAAUAAAAAUCGGUGUCAAAGUAUUGUGCCUGUUGAAAGUUCUCGAGUCCAUCUUACCCCAAAACCUGGUGAAGAGGGGUCUGAUUAUAUAAAUGCGUCAUGGAUUCAAGGAUUUCACAGUCUUAAAGAAUUCAUAAUCACACAACAUCCUCUCAAAGAAACUAUUAGAGACUUCUGGCAAAUGGUUUGGGACCAUAACGCACAAAUUCUUGUUCUUUUAAGUAUAAUUGAUGAGGAAUAUGAAGUAUUUUGGCCUGUUGAGAAUGGUAGCAUAGAGGGAGAAAAUUUCAAAGUGAAUUUGCUCAGUCAGGAGGCUCAGUCAGACUACAUAAUUUUAGAGUUUUCAUUACAAUCCUUACAGGACGAUUAUGAACUUCAUGUGCGCAUGAUACAUUCCUUAAAUUGGCCACAUGCAUGUGCAAAUCCUGCAGAAAUGUAUACACUUCCAACAUUAGUUCAAGAAUUACCAUCAAACUAUCAAAAUGGCCCUAUUGUUGUUAUUGAUAGAUUUGGUGGAACAGAGGCUGCCACAUUUUGCUCAUUAACUACUCUAAAGAAACAAUUGGCUUAUGAAAACCAUGCAGAUGUUUAUAUGUAUGCUAAAUUGUAUCACAAUUGGCGGCCAGGGAUAUGGAAUAGUGUUGAUGAUUAUUUAAGAUUACAUUUGGCGGUUCAGGCUCUAUGUGCUAUGGUUGAAAAUAUCCCAGAAUCAUACGCUUUUACAAACGGUACUGUAAAUGGUUCGAUAUCGUCUUCGGACUGUGUACGAGUACCACCUGAAGGUAUGGAAGCAGGUGUAUCACAUCAAGCUGUAGCUUGAUAAUCACUGCACAACUGUGGAACGUCUUUAAAAAGUUGUCUUUGACGAUGAUUAUCAGUGUUUGUCCAUAAGCUCUAUUGCUUUCAAAUGACCAGUGACAGGUGUCCCGCGAAUCAAGUAAAAAAAACGAAGUAUGAAUUGUAAAGUCCGAUCUUUUCCGUGUUAUGUAUGAAACUGUCCCGUAUAUCAUUAUAGAAGGUAGGUAGUGUGAAAUUUUUUCUUAUUAUAUUUGAAAAGAAUAUAGCAAAAAGAAAAAAUAGAGAGCAUUAAAAAGAAGGGGAUUUUCGAUGUUAAUGUUUUAUAGUAAUUGCCAUUAGAGAAAAAUUAUAUUAAUAAAUUUAACGCUACUGAUUUAAUGCCAAAGAAUGUGGUUAUUGUGGUUAAACAAAUUUUAAAUUGACCAAGUCAAUGAAAGAACUGUUGUAAACUUCUUGUAAUAAGUCGCUUUAUCGCUUAUUAAUUACUACUCUACAAAAUUACGUUGUAGUCAAGAUUUGCAGCUUUUAUUGUUAAAAAUAGUAGUUUUUUACUUUUUUUGUAGUAAUAAAUGAAUAAAACGAGAGUCGUACUUUAAACUUCAUAUUGAAGUAACAAACUUGAAUUAAAUAAGUGAGCAUGCCAAAUGAAAUAAAGCUUUAGUAUAGUUCGAUUGCGGCAACUGUUAUUUAUUUGAAAAGAACACAAUUUAACUAUCUCGUUCGUUUAAAGUUUAAUUGGCACUUCAAUGAGUUUAAGAAAAAUUGUUAAGGUUAACGUUCUCCUUCAGUAAUAGUACGUAAUGAUGCUAAAUUCAGUAAAAAAAUUGUAUAAAUAUAUAAAAUUUAGAAAACACUAAGAGAAUAUUUUAAAUUGUAUCAAUUUGAAGUUUAAAUACGAAAUGUGGAUAUGAAACUUUAAUAAUAAAAAAGCAACAUUGUACCAUCCCAUAAUUAGUAUAAAAACGAACUUGAAAGUUUUGUAGAGAAGCAGUAGCAGUAGCCUUACAUACAUAGAAAAUAACUAACAAUUCUAAUCAUAAAACAAAUCAAUUUAAAUGUUGGUAUAGCAUAAUUGUGAUAGCAAAGAAAAGUAGAGCAUUUAUAUAAUGGUCUUUUUAAAAACAAAUUCUUAACGUAUACCUGUACCAAUUUUAAAUUAAAUUUCAAUUACAUAAGAUUGUAAAGGACAUGACAACAUUUCAAGACAAGCAACGUACAUGUUUUCUUUUUCCAAGACUGGUUUAGAUUCGCACAUAGAUUUAUUGUUCACUAUAAAUUAGAUAUAUGAAACAUCACAUUUUUAAAUCAAGUUUUUAUAACAAUAAAGCAGUCUUUAAUUUCGCCUGGCCUCUAUCCGUCCUUCAUAAAAACAAUUUUCCUUUUUUAUAACGAAACCGCAUAAAUAUUUUUACUUCUACAAUAAGAAAAAAAAAACAGGCACAACGUAUUAAAUUAAAUAUUAGAUGCUAUAUUCUAAACUUUAAGUCAUCGAAAAUUAAUCACAUAGAGAUACAUUUCAAGAUAAUCAAAAGGACUUCCGUAAAGCACUAAAAACCUAUAAUUUCACGUAAAAUUUAGGAAUUUAUAUCGCAUUUUAACAUCCAAAGGGGUCAUCCUCAGUUAGGGACUUAUUAAACCAUGUAUUAAAAAAGGGUCUGUACUAAGGAUGAAGUUUGAUGGUGAUCAUAUUAGUGAAUGUAAUUAGGACAGCAAAGAGUGAAUGCCAAAGACAAAACAAGUGUGACCCACCUCUAGUACAGAUCAUUCUUUAAUAGUUUAAAAUGGUGUUUUUAUUCAUGGAUGACACAUUGGGUUGAAACACGCUUUAGAUUUCUAAACGUUUUAUGUGGAGAUUCGAGUUUUUAGUGUUUUAGUUUUAUAUGUAUUUCGAUAAACUUGCGGUAUGAUGUGUGAAAAAGGAUUAUUUUGCCAGAGGUUAAAAACUGAAAAGAAAGACGACUAAGACAAAAGGGGUUUUAAAUUUUUCAAACAUUUAAAAGUUGAUCUCAUAAUAUACAUAAGGUACGCUUUAAAAUAUGAAUAUUAUUUUCCAAAACCAGAUUUCCCAAUCAAUUUGAGUAGUGCAAGUUUUGAAAAAUAGUGUGGCGGGGUAUCCCAGAGCAAAAUCGCCUAUUUUACUCUGGCAUGACUCCAUUUUUACUAAUCAUAUCACAAAUAAUGCCAUGAAUGUUAAAUAAUUAUUUUGCAUAACAGAAGUUGAGCAUAGAUGUUAUCCCACAAGCAAAAACUCUGUAUUGUCAUUAAAUAUAUCGUUUAAUUAUUUUUUUU